GCGCCCUUGUCCGGCGACCCCGCGUCAGGCUCCAGGCGGCCGGCAGCAUGAGCGGCGGCGGCGACGUGGUGUGCACCGGCUGGCUCCGGAAAUCGCCCCCCGAGAAGAAGUUGAGGCGCUAUAAGCCCAGUUGCUUCAGCACCAUUUGUUGAAAAUGACACUUUCCCUCCACUGAAUUACUUUUUACCUUUGUCAGAAGUCAUGUGGGAAUGUUUGUGCCUGGAAGAAACGCUGGUUUAUCCUGCGGAGUGGCCGGAUGAGCGGUGACCCAGAUGUUCUGGAAUACUACAAGAAUGAUCACUCCAAGAAGCCCCUACGUAUCAUCAACCUGAACUUCUGUGAGCAGGUGGAUGCAGGCCUGACCUUCAACAAGAAGGAGCUGCAGGAUAGUUUUGUAUUUGACAUCAAGACCAGCGAGCGCACCUUUUACCUGGUGGCCGAGACAGAGGAGGACAUGAAUAAGUGGGUCCAGAGCAUCUGCCAGAUCUGUGGCUUCAAUCAGGCUGAGGAGAGCACAGACUCCCUGAGAAACAUUUCCUCAGCCAGUCACGGGCCCCGCUCCUCUCCGGCCGAGCUCAGCAGCUCCAACCAGCACCUCCUCCGAGACCGGAAAUCCUCAGCCCCGUCGCACUCCAGCCAGCCCGCCUUGUUCACAUUCGAAGCCCCUGUGUCAGACCGCGUGCAGCCCGCCUUGUCCACCAGCGCGCCGCAGGAGUACCUCUAUUUGCACCAGUGCAUAAGCCGUAGAGCAGAGAAUGCAAGGAGUGCCAGCUUCUCUCAGGGCACCAGGGCUUCGUUUCUCAUGAGGAGCGACACAGCCGUACAGAAACUUGCCCAAGGCAACGGACACUGUGUCAAUGGGGUCAGUGGUCAAGUCCAUGGCUUCUACAGCCUGCCCAAGCCAAGCCGGCACAAUACAGAAUUCAGAGACAGUACAUACGACCUCCCCCGGAGCCUGGCCUCCCACGGCCGCACCAAGGGCAGCCUCACAGGCUCCGAGACAGAUAAUGAGGAUGUGUACACCUUCAAGACGCCCAGCAACACCUUGUGCCGGGAGUUCGGGGACCUCCUAGUGGACAACAUGGAUGUUCCGGCCACCCCACUCUCAGCCUACCAGAUCCCUAGGACAUUCACCCUGGACAAGAACCACAAUGCCAUGGCAGUGGCUGCUCAUGGGGACUCAGCUGCGGCUCCCCCGCCCCGGCCCCCCAAGCCAAGUCAGGCAGAAACGCCUCGCUGGGGCAGCCCUCAGCAGAGACCUCCGGUCAGUGACAGCAGCAGGCCGGUCUCCACGGCUGCCACCAUCCCAAGGCGUAACACCCUCCCAGCAAUGGACAACAGCCGGCUUCACCGAGCUUCUUCCUGUGAGUCCUACGAGUACCCGCAUCGUGGUGGAGAGAGCGCAGGCCGGCCUGCUGAGUCCAUGAGUGACACAGUCACUUCUUUCCUGCCUGGGAAAGCAGCUGUGGGCCGUUCCGAUAGCACCAAUUCUGAAGACAACUACGUGCCCAUGAAUCCAGGUUCCUCCAGCGUGCUGGCCAUGGAGCGAGCAGGUGAUAAUGCCCAGAGUGUCUACAUCCCCAUGAGUCCUGGGCCACAUCACUUUGAACCGCUUGGCUACCCCUCCACAGCCCUUCCUAUGCACCGAGGCCCCAACCGAGGGAGUGAGAUCCAGCCACCCCCCGUCAACCGUAACCUCAAACCUGACCGGAAAGCAAAGCCAACACCACUUGACUUGAGAAACAACGCCGUCAUUGAUGAGCUCCCCUUCAAAUCGCCUGUCACCAAGUCUUGGUCUAGGGCCAUCCACACCUUCAACUCCAGCUCCUCCCAGUACUGCCGCCCCAUCUCCACACAGAGCAUCACCAGCACGGACUCGGGAGACAGCGAGGAGAACUACGUCCCUAUGCAAAACCCAGUGUCUGCAUCUCCCAUUCCCAGUGGCACCAACAGUCCAGCCCCUAAGAAGAGUGCUGGCAGUGUUGAUUAUCUGGCCCUGGACUUCCAGCCAAGCUCUCCAAGCCCCCACCGCAAGCCAUCCACGUCAUCCGUCACUUCCGACGAGAAGGUGGACUAUGUUCAAGUGGACAAGGAGAAGACCCAGGCCCUGCAGAACACCAUGCAGGAGUGGACAGACGUGCGGCAGUCCUCGGAGCCCUCCAAGGGCACCAAGCUGUGACACGGGGCCGGGAGGCAGUGUCUCCAGAGCGGGCCCCUCCCCUUGCCUCCCCUCUGUCCUCUCCCCUGGCCUCCUCCCUGCCACUCUGGCCUUCGAAGCACUUCGCAUCAGGGACCCUGAACCGUUCCCAGGGAAGCGAGGGCCUGAUUGAGGCACUUCCUCUGCCCACUCAGGGUCCACCUCUGAUUUUUAUUGGUAAUGGCCAUGCCUCUCUCCACCUUAGUUAUAGAGCUAUUGCCAAAAAGCAUUCUUCAGCCUCUUCCUGCCCUUUAGACCUGAAUAUCUACCGGACACGCGGAGGGAGGAGCUGGGCUCUGAGCCAGAUUCUGCAUCUUGCACCCGGUCACAGCCCCCCGCCCUCUCCCCUCCAGCGACUGGGCUACCUCUCCCUCAGUCCUGGAAGAAGCCAGUCGUCUCACUGACCCAGGGAGCCAAGGGUAGGCUGACCAAAGUGGGUGUGGGCUUCUCCAUCCCUUUUCUUGGUAGGGAGGAGGCAAGACCACCAAAAGGUGGAGUCAAGAAGGAAGUUUGGAGGUGAUCUUGAGGGACAAAGGAGUUAGAGCCAGACGCAGAAAGGCAGUUGAUAGCUGGCGUGCAUAAGAAAGGCAGGAGGAUGAGGACUUCGAGGAGCAAGGCUUGAAGCCCAGGAGCUGGCAGGUGACAAAGACACUGUGGGUCAGGGCCCCAGGCCGGUGGAGCCCCGGGGCUGCAGAGUAAACGUGAAGAAGUGAGAUCAUCGGGGAGCAAUGUGCAUGGCGGUGUGACCCGAGGACAGCUCCCAGCCCCGAUGACGACGGAGAGAACAGGGCAGAGCAGACUGGGACCUAGAGGACAAAGUAUGGGAAUGGCUGGCGGCCUGGGCUUUGCGCCGGGUCCCAAGGCAGGCGUGAGUGUGGCCCGGAUUCCUCCUCGGCCAGGGCAGCCCAUGCAAGGCCUUCAUGGGGUCUCCAGCUCCUCUCACCUUCUCUUGCUCCCUCAAGCGCCAGGUGCCAUGUGGGACUCAAACCUGGCUGCAGGCACAAGACAGGCCCCCAACUACCCUGGGGUGGAACCCUCCCUCCUACAAAACAAUGACUUCCCAUCAUGUUUGACGGAGGUGUUUCCUGUGAGCACAUGUGCACGCACCCCUCACCAGCCCACGGGCGUCUGACCAUUCUAAGAACUCCCACUGAGAAAAAAGGGUGCAAGACAUUGACAGUGGCCCAAAAAGGCUAGAAUGCUGAGGCAGGAGUGCAGAGGGAGGACGCAGGGCUACUUCUUUGGGAAGGUGUUUCUAGGAGACGGGGCCUUAGAGGAAGAUAUGCCCAAUUUUUUAGAUGGUAGGGCAGGGCUAGGGUCCAGUGGAGGAAGGAGAGACUUGGAAAGCCUUGAACUUUGGGAAGAAAAGACCUCUUUAGGAGGCUGGCCUCAGGCCUUGGUGUACCCCACAGGUGACAUGACCUACACUGAGCCAUGCCGGCAUGCUCUGCCCAGCCCUAUCCCUUUAAAGCCUGUGAAGUGGCUCAUGGCAGGCAACCUGUGGGCCCAGGUAUUAAUGUCCCUGGUGUCCAGGCGCAUCCCCUAAUGACCCCUGGGGGCCUUAAUAAUGUCAGCAUUUUCAGAAUGUGCCAUGUUGUGAGUGAAACUGGCUGGAGCCUUCAGAGACCCAGCUGGUCACACCUCAUUUCCCCAGAGGCAUCCUUGUAGGUCUGGGUUCCUCUUGCUCCCAAACUUUUCUUGUGAAGCUCAGGGUAGAGAUGGAAGGAAGUGCAAGAGGGACUUAGCCAGUGGCAAGCAGGAAAUCCAGGUCACAGUCCCACCCCUCCUCUUGGCCUAGCAAGGGCCCCAGAAUGGGGGUUCCUCCUCAGCCAGUGCAGUCCACACAAGGGUGCAUUCUGCCUGGGGCUCCCCAAGGAGCCUUCCUCGCCCCCUGCAAGCUUCACCUCUGCAAGGUGUAAGACACUAACGUAGGAACAAGAGAGUGCUUCUCGGGGGGCCCCCUCCCACAGCUGUUGCUCCACUGUUUCAAAUCACGCCCUACAGCUUCUCUCAGGAGGGUCUGGAUCAUCAGGAAUGGGCAGCACCAGAGCAUUAGCUACUUACCCUGGUCCCCUCCCUAGAUUAGUUUUGGUAACUUCUACCUUUGAAACCUUCAAAUACUACCCAUUCCCAGGAGUGAAGCACAACCAUUACAAAGUCAUUGACUGGAGAAUGGGCUCAACCCCAGUUUGCCCUGUGGCCCCUAGGCUAUGGCCUCAGCCCCAAGCAAGGGAAGCCAGGCUUGACCACGAACUCUGAAGCCCUGCCCUGUGGGUGGGGGGGCGUCAUUCUGGGACGCACCUUGCUCUUUGGGGCCCGGGCCACAGUGGCCUGCCCACUGGAGGGUCAGGCUGUCAUGUGCUAUUUGGUGGUAUGUGUUCGUGUGUGGUUAUCGGUUACAUGUGUCUUGAAAUUUAGAGUCAUUUCGCACAGAAUUGUCACUAUUUGUCGGGAAGAGAAAAUGGGCUAGGAGAAGCUCAGUCUUAGGUUCUUGCCCUGUUACCAUUUAAAAUUGACAUUUAAUUUUUCAAAUCACU